AACAGCUACAGCUGAUGACAAAAAGCUUCAGAGUUCUCUCAAAAAACUGGCUGUGAAUAAUAUAGCUGGUAUUGAAGAGGUCUUGCCUGAAACCUAGAAGCCCCUUUCUUCCCCCUCCCUUCUGGUGCUGUCAGUGGUGGUGAUCACCUCUGAGGAAGAAAAGCCCACUUUCCACUGACCAUGGAGAACACUCAGCAUCUCGCUUGAUUGUGACAAGGGCAGUUUUUGGAUGGAUCAUGAAAUGCUUCUAAAGUAGCCAAGAAUUAACUCUCCCAACUUUUUAUAUAAUAAGCAUGUUACCACCAAGGUAACUUACCCAGAGGAAUCAACUACACAGUGGAAUCACAUUAUUUGCACAUUUAAUUCUUGCAAAUUCAGCUCUACUAAAAAAAAAAGAAAAGAAAAACAGAGAAAGAACGUGAACAUGAUUAAAGAUGACGGGACAGUUAUUCAUUUCAACAAUCCCAAAGUCCAAGCUUCCCUCUCAGCCAACACCUUUGCAAUUACUGGUCAUGCAGAAGCCAAGCCAAUCACAGAAAUGCUUCCUGGAAUAUUAAGUCAGCUUGGUGCUGACAGCUUAACAAGCCUUAGGAAGUUAGCUGAACAGUUCCCGCGGCAAGUGUUGGAUAGCAAAGCACCAAAACCAGAAGACAUUGAUGAGGAAGAUGAUGAUGUUCCAGAUCUUGUAGAAAAUUUUGAUGAAGCAUCAAAGAAUGAAGCUAACUAAAUUCAUUUUUGGUUUUUGGAAGCUAGCAUGGACUAGAUUUAACAAAUCAGCUAUGUGGUUCCAAAGUUUUACAGACACAGAGAACAUCACCUGUUACUAGUUCAGUAAUAUAAAUAUUUUGUAUAUUAAUAAUGCUGUUUGUUCAGCAUUAUUCGGUCAUUUGAUUUUGCAUUUUGCACUUCCUCCCAGGAUCUAUUCUUUUGGUCAAAAUAUGAAGUACUGGUGCAGUUUGAGGGUGUUUUUGGGUUUGAUUCUUUUUUUUUUUUUGCUUUGUUAUUUUGUUGUUGUUGGGGUAUUUUCAGUGUGUGUAUGUGUAUGUAUGCGUGUGGGUAUGUUUGUAUACAGUGGAGAGCAAAUUGGAAAACAAUUCUAUUUAUCUACCUUCUUCCCCUAGUAGAAAUAAAACAAAUCUUUACAUUUGUUCCCCAA